AUAGCAGUUUUUAGAGCUGAAAAUGAUUCUGAAGUGGGUUUUGCCUUACUGGAACUACUUAUACUCUCUGCCCAUUUUGGUCCUGUUUAACUGUUAUCCUCUCCAAGCUAAUGCAGAUAAUACCAAUCAAAUAUAUUAUACAGCUCUCAUAAAUGUAACUGUGUUGAAUCCUGAUCGUUCAACAUCUGCUUCAAUAACACUUGAGCGUGGACGCUAUGGACAAACUUCUCCCAAAAUAGGUGUCAAAGGCCUGCUUCUGGCACCUUUGCCAAUCAAUGGAGUUCCAGAUCGUUUAGGAUGUGAUCCACGAACACGGUUUCAAGUUCCUCCAAACACAAAACAGUGGAUUGCUCUGUUGCAGCGAGGAAAUUGUACAUUUAAACAAAAAAUUCUGCGGGCAGCUUCACAUAAUGCUUCAGCUGUGGUAAUUUACAACAAUGUAUCUGGCGAAGAGCCUGUUACUAUGACUCAUCAAGGAACUGGAGACAUUGUUACAGUCAUGAUCACCGAAAUGAAGGUUAAAGAAAUCCUGAAUUAUUUAGAAAAAAAUAUGUCCGUCCUAAUUGCAAUAGCCGUGGGAACACGUUAUCCAAGCAAAAAUGUUAAUCGAAGUUCUCUUGUCUUUGUAUCCGUAUCAUUUAUAGUUUUGAUGAUAAUUUCUUCAGCAUGGCUAAUAUUUUAUUUCAUUCAGAAGAUCAGAUAUACCAGUGCACGUGAUCGAAACCAGAAUGCAAGAAAAACUGUUGUCGGGGUUUUGAUGAAGAAAAUGAUUACUUCAGACUGAUUUUGUAUGGAUGUUGUAAGCCGUGUUGUAAUUUUAGUGAUGAGGAGCCACAGAAAACCAAGGAGAUACACAGGAAGAAUGUGAAAGGCUGAAUAGACUUCUUUAGCUCCCAGCAAAGGAUGCGGAGAGGGUAAGUAAGUAACUGUCUUUAUGUAUUAUUCUGUAAAUCCUGGUGGCUCAGAUAGCACAGUAACAGGUUGUUUUAUAUUUUGCAGUUUCUGAAUUAACGCGUAGGAGGCGAUCGGUUAAAAGCACACCACUUUUACAUACCAGUGGUAACAGCAACAGUGACAAAUCUUCUGGAGAUUUUUCUGAUCUAGAAUAUAGCAGCAAUGCUGUAAUAUCAGAGAGGCUGAGCUACUUGCACAGCGAGUUAAAGAGCAGCAGCUUAAGUGAAGAUUCGCUUGUGACUGUGGGCAUGGCUUGUGGGGUACAGAAUGUCAUCCAGAAAGGGCAACUUACUGUAAAAUAGCAUGUUGUGAGUCUUUAUUUUUUUAUGAUGAUGAUAGUGAUGAUGAGGGGUAUAUGUCCUAGGCAUGCCCUCUGAACUCUGAAUUACCAAUAAAACCAUGUGUGAAAGGAAAAUGUGUGAUCGUUUGUCAGUGGUGUUUCAGUAAAAUGGAGUAUGAAAACAUUCUAAGGAAUGUUUAUUAUAUACCUGGCUGUGUGGGGAGUUAUGGCAUUGUGAACACCCUUUUUCAGGAGGGAAGGAAAUGCGAUAAAAACUAACCCUGAAGCAGGUCAAGACAUGACUUUCAGGACAAAAUGCUUAUACCCUACAUAAGCCUGCAAGAAUUAAUUUUCCCAGAAAUAAAACAGUGGUGUCUGGUUUAGAUCAGCAACAGCAGGCUGAUCUCAUAGAUGUCUCCAAAUUUUCUAAGGAAAACCACGGGAAAAAGUUUAUCUUAACAGUUACUGUUGUGUUAUCUAAAUAUGCCUGGGCCUCCCCUAUAUCUGAUAAGUUGUGGUGUGAAGUGGCUGCAGCCUUCCAGAACAUCUUCAGUGCAGGAUGUGCACUGUGAAAGAUACAGACAGAUGCCAGUAAAGAGUCCUUAAAUAUUCCUCUGAAGAACUUUUUGCAUGUUAUGGCAUUCAUCACUUUGUCGCCCAUAGCAAGACUAAAGCAGCCAUUAUAGAGAGGUUUAACCAUACCCUGAAAAAUAAACUCUGGAGGUACUUUACAGUUAGAAACACCCAUCGGUACAUAGACAUUUUACCUGGUAUUCUUCAAGGGUACAAUAGCACCUUCUAUCAUAGGAUCCAGACCACACCUAAUACCGUAA